AUGCUCCGCGGGCUGCAGGCAAGACAAGGAUCCGUUGCAUGUCAUUCAGUGCCAACUACUGCAAAUGUCCCCUUCGGGGUGACAUACGAAAAAAUUGGAACGAUACAGAGAAGAUUAGCAUGGCCCCUGCACAAGGAUGACACGCUUUCCCGGAGUGGUAGACCUACGGGUCUCAAUAUUUAUUUUGGUCGCGGCUCAGCCCAACGUCGACGUCUCCACCACUUGUCUCGUUGCAGCCGGCGGUGUCAUGCCUACUCUGAUUAUCUUUUGGAGCCCGCCUGCCUGUCAGACAAGGAUAUCCUGAGGCACGAAGGUUGA